AGAUUUAAAUUUAAAAAUUCUUAUCAGAACAGAGUUAUAAAAAAAAAUCUGAAAUAACAGAGAGAGAAAUCUCGAGAGCUUGAAGCUGAGCGGAGAGACAAAAGCUAAUGCUUUCUUCUUCAACUCUCACAUCUCAUCAACUCACCUUCCCACCAGCAUAAUAUAUUACUUUUUAUUCCAUUUUUUACCGCAAAAUUCUCAAAUUUUUGUUUUGUCUUGGGAAUAUAUUCUCUUCUUCGUUUCAAACUUUGUGUGUAUCUUUCUUCGCUCAACUGGAGGAGAAGAGAUGCUAACUCCGGGUGCAGUAGGUGGGUCGUCGAACUCGGACCCGUUUCCAUCGGGUCUACGAGUCCUGGUCGUGGACGAUGACCCAACUUGUCUCAUGAUCUUAGAGAGGAUGCUUAAGACUUGUCUAUACAGAGUAACAAAGUGUAACAGAGCAGAGAUCGCAUUGUCUCUGCUUCGAAAGAACAAGAACGGUUUCGAUAUUGUCAUCAGCGACGUCCACAUGCCUGACAUGAACGGCUUCAAGCUCCUCGAACACGUCGGUCUAGAGAUGGACUUACCUGUCAUCAUGAUGUCUGCGGACGAUUCAAAGAGCGUUGUGUUGAAAGGAGUGACCCACGGUGCAGUCGACUACCUAAUCAAACCCGUACGCAUCGAGGCUCUCAAGAAUAUAUGGCAGCAUGUGGUGCGGAAGAAGCAGAACGUCUCCGAACAUUCUGGAAGUGUUGAAGAGACGGGUGGAGACAGGCAGCAGCAGAGGGAUGAUGAUGAUGAUGAUGGUGGUGAUAACAACAACUCGUCUUCAGGUAAUAAUGAAGGGAACUUGAGGAAGCGGAAGGAAGAGGAGCAAGGGGGGGAUGAUAAAGAGGACACUUCGAGUUUGAAGAAACCACGUGUGGUUUGGUCUGUUGAGUUGCAUCAACAGUUUGUGGCUGCUGUGAAUCAUCUCGGCGUUGACAAAGCUGUUCCUAAGAAGAUCUUGGAGAUGAUGAAUGUACAGGGGCUAACGAGGGAAAACGUAGCCAGUCACCUCCAGAAGUAUAGGAUAUAUCUAAAAAGGCUUGGAGGAGUAUCUCAGCACCAAGGAAACAUAAACCAUUCGUUUAUGACUGGUCAAGAUCCAAGCUACGGUCCGUUGAAUGGGUUUGAUCUUCAAGGUCUAGCUACUGCGGGUCAGCUCCAAGCUCAGAGCCUCGCACAGCUUCAAGCAGUUGGCCUUGGUCAAUCUUCUUCGCCACUCAUUAAACCGGGGAUAACGUCAGUAGAUCAGAGAAGCUUCUUCACCUUCCAAAACUCGAAAUCGAGAUUCGGAGAUGGACAUGGGCCGAUGAUGAUGAACGGUGGUAAUAAGCAGACAAGUUUGCUUCACGGUGUCCCAACGGGUCACAUGCGCUUGCAGCAGCAACAAAUGGCUGGUAUGCGUGUAGCGGGGCCAUCAAUGCAGCAGCAGCAACAAUCGAUGUUGUCAAGAAGAAGUGUCCCGGAGACCAGAAGCAGCAGAGUGUUACCAGGUGCUACACACUCGGCCUUCAACAACAGCUUCCCGUUGGCAAGUGCACCGGGGAUGAUGUCUGUUUCAGACACAAAAGGCGUGAACGAGUUUUGUAACCCGAGCUACGACAUAUUGAACAACUUUCCCCAGCAGCAACACCACAACAACAACAACAGCGUGAACGAGUGGGAUCUGCGGAAUGUGGGGAUGGUCUUCAACUCUCAUCAGGACAACACAACAUCAGCUGCUUUUUCAACUUCAGAAGCUUACUCUUCGUCUUCAACUCAUAAAAGAAAGCGGGAGGCAGAGUUAGUGGUUGAGCAUGGGCAGAAUCAGCAGCAGCCACAAAGCCGAAGUGUGAAUCCUAUGAACCAGAUUUACAUGAAUGAUGGUGGUUCGGUUAGAAUGAAGACAGAGACGGUGACUUGUCCUCCUCAGGCAACAACAAUGUUUCACGAGCAGUAUAGUAAUCAAGAUGAUCUCCUGAGCGCACUUCUAAAGCAGGAAGGAUUGUUAGAUACCGAGUUUGAUUUUGAAGGAUACUCCUUCGAUAAUAUUCUCGUCUGAUCUCUCACAUAUGUUGCAAGAUUCUUUAGGGUUCAUGAUCGUCUUAUUUACUACAGAUUAGCAAUGUCUUUUUUUUUUCUUAGUCUUGGGAACAUUUGUGUAAAUGUGUUUUUCUAUGCGUUGUGGCUUCAUAAUAAUAGAAAGAUAAAAAAGGUAUUGAUCCGGUCAACGAAUACAUCCACAGAACUCAAGUCCUUUUUUUUUUUGAACAAUCCACAGUGCUCAAGUCUUAACUUCCUUUUUCUAUUUCUUAUAAAGAACUGGCUUGGUUGGUUGGGGACUACUAACAAAUCAAUGAGUAAGAGAGAGUAACAAAUCAAAUACGAUACAGUAUACACACUUAAGUGACUACUAAUUAGAAACAAUACGUUUUUAUAUUUAAGACUGUCUUUGGAUAUCAUGUAUUAUCCAGUUGGAUACGUGUUUUUAAUAUUCACUUGGAUUUUGACCAAAAAAAAAAAUAAUAAUAUUCACUUGGAUCGGAUUUGAGUUUCGAAUAUGAUGUUAGGAAUCAGAUAGUGAGAUAUGAAAAAUAAAAUAAAAUAAAAAAGAAUAGAAGGAAAAUGUGGUCGUCAGCUCAAGUCCCCGGGAGGUGAAGACUCCGUCAGUCUUACGUCGCCGGCUUCAGCGUCUCGAGUGUGGUUGUUUGUUCGAGUAUGGGCUCUGGUCAUGGAGCGGAAGAGGUUUCUUCGGGUUAUGAUUUUUAGGGUUUGUAGCGUCGCCGUCGGAUGAGCUCUCCACAGGGGGAGGAUGCUCUCCGACAGGGUCUCAGUGUGGUGAAGAAGAGAUGUGGUUGCGGUGGAGGCUCGAAGUGAUUCAGAGCUCCGCCGAAUUGAGGGUUUGCAGUGGUUGGGUACGGCGGCUUGGGAAGGCGGAGACGGUCGGGUUGAGGCGGAGCGACGCGUGGCGCACUGACGGUCAAGAUCUUCACACGUGGCGAGCUUCUGCCUCCUCGACGCACGCGUUUCCCAGAGUUGGUCGGUGCUAGGUUCGAGUAGGUGGGCUUGGGCCUGUUAAGCCAAUUUGGGCUUAGGGUUUUGUCGGGUUUGUUUGGUUGGUCGAGUUGUAAUGUGGGCCUCUGUAUGUGGGCUUCGGCCAUUGGGCUUGGCCUGUAAUCUUUUAUAAAAUCAUAAUUUGACGGGAAAAAAAAAAA